CAACAGCAAACUGAACUGGUCCAACAACACAGAUGCUCUAUAAAAAGGGCCAAAGCCGCCUUUACCUCCUAAGGAGGCUGAGGUCCUUUGGAGUUAAUUCCCACCUGCUAAAAUCCUAUUAUCACUCUGUGGUUGGCUUUGUUGUCCACUCUGCUGUGGUCUGUUGGGGUGCAGGCAGCUUUGAUCAAGACAGGAAGAGACUGAACAAGCUGGUUAACAAAGCUAGCUUGGUUCUGAGCUGCCCACUGGAUUCAGUUAAGGAGACGUGUGAAAGGAGGAUGCUGGGGAAGAUGACCACCAUCUUUUAAAAAAAUCCUCCCACCCACUGCAUUCCACUGUGGAGACCAUGGAAAGCUCCUUCAGAGGCAGACUGAGACAUCCCAGAUGUAAAACAGUAGCCUGGCCUGCCAGACUCGUCCUCUGUUUAAUUCUGCACAGAAAAAGAAUACGGUAACUCACAGGCAGAGAGGCACUUGAGGGGCGGGACCAGGCAGCUCAAAAAUAACCACUCAGAAAAAAGACGGAAAUGCCGACUGUACCGCGCAACGCUGUCGUUUUUUUAGCUGUAGUAAACAAAAUGCGUCUGGCAAUGGCGCAAACAUCUUUUUUUUAUUUAAAGAAAUGCUUUUAGCACUUCUACUUGUUGUGGUUUUAAAGACAUUCAAGUCAUUCAGAAAAGAGGAAAGAGCCGCAGUGAACGCCGCCGCUGUCUUCGUUGUUUAUGAGAAACUGAGCUUCAUUGUGUGUGACAUCCGCAACGCUGUAGUUUCUUAGCUGUGGUCAAAAAUAGCGUCAGGCGACAGCGCAAACAUCUUUCUUUAGAAGAAAGGCUUGUAGCACUUCUACUUGUUGUUGUUUUUAAGACACGUCCAAGUCAUUUAGACUAGACGCAGGGGCGGGCAAUCCUGGUCCACGAGGGCCACUAUCCCACAUGUUUUACUGUUUUUCCUGUUUCAACACACCUGAUUUCAAUCAGCAGGAGAUUAGCUGGCUUCUGCAGAGCUUGAUGAGCUGCUGAAUCAACUGUGUUGGAACUGGGAACAAACAAAAAGAAGCAGGAUACCGGCCCUCGAGGACUGGAGUUACCCACCCCUGGACUAGAGGAAAGAGCCGCAGCUAACUCAGCUUCAUUCGCCAUGGUUGACAAACUCAGAGUUAUGGUGUGUGACGUACGCUACUCAGCACUGAUUGGCUCGGUUAGAACUCUCAGGGGGUGGGGUUAUUUGAAUAGGAGAGUUCCCAGACCCUUUCUCUGUGCAGAAUUAAACAGAGGAUGAGUCUGGCAAGCCAGGCUAGUAAAACCGAACACAACCGUAGGUCAUUUGUCCCCUCUGCAGUAAGAGUGUAGAACUCCUCAGUUUAACUGGUACUGGCAUUAUCCUGUUACAUAAUAACACCAAUGCUAUAUUCAUUAUGUGUUCAAUACCCAUUCAAUACCAGAUUUGCAUUGUAUGUACGUGUCUCUUGCACUAUGCUGCAUAGUGUUGGAACCCAAGUUUUUUCCUUUUUUUAUUUGUGGUUUUUAGUGGACAAAGGUCCCAAUUCUAGACUACUGCCCAUGUAUUAAUACACAUACCUUUGUUAAUUUUUUUCUUCAAAUUAUUCUCUUAAGUGUUGAUGCUGCUGUAACAAGCUAAUCCCCCCAUCGCGGGAUCAAGAAAGUCUAUUCUAUUCUAAAGCUUCCAGAAACUUCUCUCAGACCACUUGUGUUCUCUGUCCAAAAUGCAAACGUCUUUGGUGUAAAGCUAACUAUGAGUCUGCUGCUGUUGAAAAUGAGAUUGAGUCUCAAUCGACUCGUCUGGUUUAAGAAAGAUUAAACAAAAUAAGGUCAACUGUUGUGUUAGAAUAGUGUAUUACUUAAGUAUGUUGAAUAUUUUUAGCAUAGCUAUAUAAUAAUUAUAGUAUUAUAUUCAAUUGAUUACAUGUAGAAAAUGCAUUAUUCGUUUUUUCUUUAGCUUAUCAGAGCUCAUAGAGUCCUGCAGGUGGCGGUAGUGAACCUUUACGCUGGUCACCGACCACUGGAAAAAGCAGAAACCGGAAGCUGCUAGCAAAGCUAGCUUGUUGUUGUUUUGGUGUGUGAGGAGAAUAUUUGAGGCUCUGCAGUUAAAAUGCCUUCAGGUCAGUCUCUGGGAGAGUUGAUCAGCUAAAGCGACUAACUGCUGCAGAAAUCUUCUCACCAGGCUGUGGAAACGUUCUCCUCCUCCUCAACAACUUGGUGGAGUUCCUUCCAGAACCAGAGAAGAUAUUCUGCGGUCUUCGUGACAAUCGGAGCUCCAGAAUCAGGUUGUGGGUCAGAAAAGCUUUUCUCUAGACGUCCUGCCCUCUGGAUCUGCUGCUGUUCCUUUGGCCUCUCAGAGAAACGCGCUCGUUUUGCUGCUUUCAUCAGAUUGAAGAGGUCCCCUCUAUCAGACUCGCUCAUCUGAGUUGGUCGUGAUGCAGGAUCGCUGCUCGCUCUCUGAUCCAUCCUGCUCACACUCUCCGACGGAAAAGCCCCGAAUCUGAAUGUGACUCUGGAGAAAAAAUCGGUUAGCUCUUCUCCGUGAACUCUGGUGACCAAAGGUCCUCUUUUCCAGACUGGAUCCGUCCUUUAAAUGUCUCUUUAAUAUCCGCGUUGUUCUGAAGCAGCAUCAAUCAGCUCUCCUGCUUUGUUUCUAUUGCAGCUGUUAGCUAAACACGGCUAAAGUAAACCUGCUACCACUUCAUCCGUCAGCUGGGACCUGGGACUGAUUCAUCGUGUGUUCUUCACCACCUGGACCUGGACAGCAUGGACACAGUCUGCUGCAGCAGCUCGGUCCGAACCUCUCUAGUUCUUUCUUCACAGAGGAGAGAAGCUCCAGACCUUUUGAACUAUUGAACUAACUUUAAUUUUAAGAUGGCAGGACUUCAAGACGAGGAGGCAAUGUUCAACAGAUGGUGCAGGUUAAAGAAGAUCCUGAAGAACAGAGUGCUGGUGUGGACCAGCAGGACCCAGAACACCUCCACAUAAAGGAAGAAAAGGAGGAAAUUUUGACCAGUCUUAAGGAAGAGCAUCUCCAUUUGAAGGAGGAGACUGAUUCUGCUAGGUUUCAAUUCAGUGCUGUUUCUAUAAAGAGUGAGGAUGAUGAAGAGAAACGUCUGUUUUCACAGCUUCAUCAGCAGCAAAUAGAAGACAGAGAUGUUCCAACCAGCAGCUCAUCUGACCAGAUGACAGCAGAAACUGGUGGAGGAGCAGGAACUAGCAAGAACCCAGAUCCGAACCCUCAUGAACAGACAUCUGAUUCUUCAGAGACUGAAGUUAGUGGAGAUGAUGAUAUGAAUCUGGACUCUGGGUCUGAAACUGGAGACGAAGACCAUGACUGGAAUGAGAAAAUGUCUUCUGGGUCAGAUGUUAAGACUGUCAUCAUAUUCUUUAGCUGUUUUGAGUGCGGUGAAGGAUUUCAUGACAAGCAGUCUCUCCAGAAACAUGUGAGAGUGACCAAUCAUUCAGCAAUAAGGUCUUCCAGCUCUUUGGUUAAUAAGAAAUCGGUUAGACUUAAGCAACCUGUAGACUCAAAUAGGAAUGUCCAGAAAGAACUAACGUCAUUUAGUUGUGGUGACUGUGGAAAAAUAUUUAGGAGAAAAUCAAAUUUUAACACACACCAGAAAAUCCACACAGGACAGAGACCUUUUGCCUGUGAGCUCUGUGGAAAAAGAUUUAUCCAAAAGUCAGGUUUAAACAGACAUCAGACAGUCCACACAGGAGAGAAACAAUUUGCUUGCGAGCUCUGUGGAAAUCGAUUUACCUUUAAGUCAACAUUAAACGAUCACAUGAGAAUCCACACAGGACAUAAACCUUUUGCCUGUGAGCUCUGUGGAAAAAGAUUUACCCAAAAGUCUGGUUUAAACACUCACAUGAAAGUCCACACAGGAGAGAAACAGUUUGCCUGUGAGCUCUGUGGACAAAGAUAUAAACAUAAGUCAGGUUUAAACGAUCACAUGAGAAUCCACACAGGACAUAAACCUUUUGCCUGUGAGUACUGUGGACAAAGAUUUACCCAAAAGUUAGGUUUAAACUGUCACAUGAGAGUCCACACAGGACAUAAACCUUAUGUCUGUGGGCUCUGUGGACAAAGAUUUACCCAAAAGUCAGGUUUAAACACUCACAUGAGAGUCCACACAGGAGACAAACAGUUUGCAUGUAAGCUCUGUGGACAAAGAUUUAAACGCAAGUGUUACAACUGUUGCUGUUCGUCCCAGAAAACUGACUCUGCAGAGGACAAUCAGUAGCCUAGUGAACUAGACCAAAUUCUUGCUUUGCCUCCUCCUCCUACCUGUACAGCUGCACUCACUUGGGCUGAUCAACUCCUGAGCAACAUAAAAAGGAGAGCUGCCAGGAGGAAGGGAGAGACUGGAUCUGUCCCAGUUAUCUUGUGGGCUCCAUUUAUUUGUGUUGUAAUGGCUUUUAAAUGGGUUUUAGUUUCAGAUGAGGGACCUGAGUGCUGGCUUCCUCUUAUCUCCCAAACUUGUGUAUAGUCAGUGGACUUUGUGUGUGAAUGUUUGGGAGCAUUCGGAUGCCUGUUUUAAACAUAAACCCAUGGCCAUUUUAACAAUGUGUUUGAAGUACUUCUAGAUUUGGAGCUUUUUGUCUUUUAAAAUUCUAAAAUAAAAUCAUUGUUUACAAUUUUAACACCUGAAACACAUGCCUCUGCCCUGUCCUCCUUUUCCAACAAUAGAGGAUGUGUAACAAUGGGGGCUCGUCCGGGAUCUUCAACCAUCCCAUGAAGGACUUUUAAUGGCAUGUGCUUUUUGCAAAUAGGUUUUAUUUAAAGGAUUUUAAGAUGUGUGGCCAGCUGUGUCCUCUCAGGUGUUGUUUGUGAGUCCUAUUUGUUUUGUUCUGUUGUGCUUGUGAAAUUUUAAAGUGAACAGAGUGAAUUCCCUAUAGGCUGUAGGAGCGCACCCUCUUUAGGAUGCAUUCUGGUUUUUGUUUUUCUAGUGUUGGGGUUAUGGAGGUUAGCGUUGGUGGAAAUCCUACCAUCUCUGGAGCACCCCAGGGAUUUGGAGAGAUGGGCUCUCCUUUCCGCUGGUCCAUUUGUGCUUAAUCGACCCACCUCUACGCCCCAUGGAGUCUAGGGUGGAGAUCAGCAGGGACUCCUCUAAUUAGCUAGAGGGAAUUCUUGUUGGACCAAAGACUUGGGAGUGUUUGUGAUAAAAGCCGUGGAGGGAAAACAGUGUUUCCCUUACAUAGGCGUAGCCGUGGCGGCCCGCCACGGCUGAAAUCCCAGCGCCAUGCCUACAAGAUCCCAAGUUUUAUUGAUUUUUUAUUUUUAUUUUUUUGCGCCGUUUCCUGAAGAAGCAGCGGGAACUACUCUGUUGUUGCUUGUGAUCACAGGCAGCAAGGAGGAGGAGGCAGGGCAGGGUGGUUACAGCUAGGGAUAAAGCAUUUUUGACGAAUACGAGCAUGAAAUGAGUAAAACUCGUAAAUAUCUGUAAUCGUGCUGAAGGAAAAUCCUUAUUGGCUGUGACUGUCUUCACGCUCGGUGAUUGGCCACUCACGUAGAGCGCCCGCCCCUCCCUGCACACAAAACUCUGCAGCCGGGAGCUCAGUCCGUCCGACCCCGGUCCGACUCUCUGUGCUUGCUUCACUGUCGCUCACGUUUCUUUAGAACUCCCUAGGUUUUCUUCAGUUCGCCUCUUUUUCAGUUCAGUAUUUAAAGUUACUUAUUUCGUAAUGUACGUGGUGCAUUUGACAAGACAGAGCUGAAAACGGCUCGUGCAUGCUCUCUCUCUCUCUCUCUCUCUCUCUCUCUCUCUCUCUCACUCACACACUCACACACACAC